CUUCUAACCCUUUCAAACUUCAAAGUCCAAGCCUCUCUCCCAUUUUCUCUCUCUUUCUGUUCGGCGUUAGAUAAGAAAGAAAGAAAAGAAGAGUAACCAACGCACCACAACUCUUUCUCUCUCUAUCUAUCACCAUUUUCUCCCUAAUGAAGAAGCUCUACCAUAAAGGGACGGUUCACCCGUCGCCACCACUCAUCUCCGACCAACUCUCCUUACUCCCGGCGGCCAUCCUCACCCUCGCGGCGGCGCUCUCACCGGAGGACAGAGAAGUCCUCUCCUACCUCAUCUCCUGCUCCUCCUCCACCUUCUCCGGCUACUCGCGAAGGAAAACCGCCGCCGAAACCGACCAUUCCCCUUCGUUCAGCUGCAGCUGCUUCUGCUGCUACACGGGUUACUGGGUCAGGUGGGACGAAUCUCCGAAUCGCCAGCUCAUACACGAGAUCAUCGACGCGUACGAGGAUUCGCUUGCGCAAAAGGGAAACAAGAGUAAGAAGAACGGUAAAGGAAAGAAAGAGAAGAGGAACAACAAGAAAGGGUGUAGCACUACUACUAGUACUAAUCACACGCACGAGCACGCGCAUUCGAGCGAGUUGAAACGCUCCGAGUUAGAGAGCUCGCCGAGUCGCGACUCGGCCGAGUCGGAACCGGUGGUGGAGAUUCACACUAAUAAUAUUAGUGGCGGUGAAAGUUGUGAAGGGGUUGUGGUUGAAGAGAAAGGGUCGGUGAGAAGGUUCAUGAGUUUCGUUGGUGAAAGGAUUUGGGGCGCGUGGGGACAGUGAGUCAAUGAAUGGAUGAAUUUCCAAUGAAAGAAGAUAAUUAGAUAAUGAAGAGAAAAAAAGAAGAGGAAAGGUAGGUUUAGAUUUUGAGAUUUACACCACCUCUCUUACUUUGUUUUUUUCCUUUUUAAUUUUGGCUUUUGUACAUUAAUCACUACUACUACCCUGCAAUAUUUAAAAAGAAAUGGCUGUUUCGUUUUGUAAUAUAUGAUCUCUCAAUCAAGUCAUACAUAUCAAAUUAUCAAUCUCCUUGUUUCAA